AUGUAUGAAGAACCAACUCAGCUGUUUCAUUCUUUUUCUUUUUCCUAUUCACGUGAAUGUAUUUGUGAACGAUUUCUGGCAUCUUUUCAAAUGGAAAAUGUUGAAGAUAUUGAAAAUCUUCUCUCCCUUCAUUGGCCACAUAUCUUUUCUUCUAUUGAUCCUUCAACACCUAUCACUCUUACCAAACUAUCUCGAUACAAUUGGCUCAUCAAAUGUUCCGAACAUCUCUCCUAUGUACUUAAAUCAUCACAAACAAAUAAUUUAGAUCUUGAAUUGAAAUAUCUCACUGAUCUAAAUCGUUAUUUUAAUAAUGAAUAUCGUGUUCCUCUUCCUCUUCUCACAAUUAAAAAUGAAAGACAUGUUAAUGGUAAAUAUUGGUUAUAUGAAUAUAUUCAUGGUAAAGUUUAUAAUGAUUGUGAUUGUGCACAUCUAUUCGAUGAAAAACAACUGAUCUUAUUAGCUAAACUUAUCUCAAAAUAUCAUCAAUUUCUUAUUACUAAUUCGUCAACAUUAUCAACAAAUAAGAAAUCAACAACUCGUGAACAUCUUCUCAAAGAAUUCAAACAAUCCAUCGAUGUGAUUAAUGAAUGUCGAAAAGAAAGAAUCGAUUUAGUCAAUGAAUAUUAUCUUGGAUGUUAUCCGUUAUUGACGCGAUUGCUGGAAGAAUCACUUUCGAAACAAGAAAAGAGUCAUUCGAAUCGUAAUUAUCUUAUUCAUCGCAAUCUUCGUCCAUCGAAGAUCAUCUGGUCAUCGAAUAAUGAAAAUGAUCAGAUCGUUGGCAUCAUUGACUUUGAAAAUCUGAAUUAUGACACAUUAUGGCGAGAUCUUGCUGUUUGUUUAUCAACAUUUUGUACAUCAUCAUCACCAUCGAUUAUCACUGAUGUUGAUCGAAUGAGAAUAUUCAUUAGUGAAUAUAUGAAACAAAUCUCAGGUGGUGUUGCAAAAGUUUCAUCACAAACUGAACAAGAAGUAUUUCAUUUAAUCGUUGAUGAGAUUAUUUUAUGUGCUUGUGAAGAUUUUACAUUUAUUUAUUGGCAAUAUCAACAUCAAAAUGAACUAUUUCAAGGUAUCAAAGCAUUAGAGUUUUACUAUAAACGAGCACUGUGGCAUACUGAACAUGCUUUGAAGAAAUAA